AGCGCUGAGGAGAAUAAGGAAUGUGACAGGGCAAGAUGCGCAUGCGCAUCAAGGAGAACGCUGAGGAGAGAAGAGAAAAAGCGUGGCGCGCAUGCGUCGAAGGGGCGGGCCUAAGCGGAAUGAGCGACAGGGCAAGAGGCGCAUGCGCAUGAAGGAGAACGCUGAGGAGAGAAGAGAAAAAGCGUGGCGCGCUUGCGCCGAAGGGGCGGGCCUAAGCGGAAUGAGCGACAGGGCAAGACGCGCAUGCGCAUGAAGGAGAACGUUGAGGAGAAGAACGAGAGAAAAAGCGUGGCGCGCAUGCGUAGCAGGGGCGGGCCUAAGCGGAAUGAGCGACAGGGCAAGACGCGCAUGCGCAUGAAGGAGAACGUUGAGGAGAAGAACGAGAGAAAAAGCGUGGCGCGCCUGCGUAGCAGGGGCGGGCCUAAGCGGAAUGAGCGACAGGACAAGACGCGCAUGCGCAUGAAGGAGAACGUUGUGGAGAAGAACGAGAGAAAAAGCGUGGCGCGCAUGCGCAAAAGGGGCGGGCCUGUCCCAACCAACGGCGCCUCCCGUUUCCUGCGCGGGGCGCAUGCGCGGCGGGGCUGAAAAGGGGCCGAGUGGGCGGGGCGGGGCCUUCCUUCCUUCCGUCCUUCCUUCCUUCCGGGCUUCCCGUGGUUCCGGUGGAUGGCGGAGAAGGAGCAGAAGGAGACGCGGAGGCAGCGGCGCGGCAGCACUCGAGGGCGGGCCCCGGAGGACCCCUAGGCCGCGGCAGGCAGGGGCCCCUCUAGGGACCAUAGAGUGCGGGAGCGAUGGACGGCGACAGGAGGCUCCCCCACCGGUACUCCAAGGAGGAGCUCCUGGACAUCAAGGAGCGGCCCUUCUCCAAGCGCAGGCCGUCCUGCCUCUCCGAAAAAUACGACAGCGAGGGCGUCUGGGACCCGGAGAAAUGGCACGCGUCCUUGUACCCGAAUUCGGGGCGCGCCUCGCCCAACGAGGAGCAGCCGCCACCCCCACCGCUGCGCCCCAAAAAGGACCCCGAGGGACCCCUCGGGCGCAGGAUCGGCGACCCCCGGGAGCGCCUGCGGGAGGAGGACCUGGAGGUGGUGCUGAGCCCCCAGCGCCGCAGCUUCGGGGGGGGCUGCCACGUGACCGCCCACCCCGGGGGCCCCCCCGGGGGACCCCCCUCCUCCUCCUCCUCGGCCGCCGGCCUGGCCGUGGGGUCCCGGCGCUCGGGGAGCCCCCUCGAGAACGGCGGCCGGCGCAUCGGGAGCGGGAGGCUCCUCUCCGCCACCACCACGGGCACCGCCGCCACCACCACCAGCACCACCCACCGGGCCACCACGUCCGCCACCGCCUUCGAGGGCAAGGAGCCCCCCCACAAGGAGAAGCGCUUCCGGCGUGACUUCGGGGAGGGCAAGCGUGGCUUCGGGGGGCCCCCCGAGCGGCGGUGCCGGCACGACUCGUACACGGAGGAGGAGCCGGAGUGGUUCUCGGGGGGGCCCACCAGCCAGUCCGAGACCAUCGAGCUCAUCGGCUUCGACGACCACAUCCUCCUCGAGCACCACGACCCCGACCACCACCACCACCACAAGGCCAGCGGAGGGGGGGGGCGGAAGCGCUCGCGCCGCAGGAACCCCUCCCUCAAAGAAGGCCUGGAGUGCAACGGGGGGCCCCCGCCAGAGAAGGAGGGGCCCCGCCGGGGGGACGUGGUGCCCGUGGGGGGGCCGCCCGCCGAGCAGGAAGUCCCGCCCCCGCGGGAGGAGUUCGACUUCAACGAGUUCUUCAACCUGGACAAGAGCGUCCCCGGACUGGCCUCCAUGAUCGAGGACGUGCUGGGCGAGGGGUCGGGCUCCCUUCCGGCCUCGUCCUCGCGCUUCAGCCGCUGGUUCUCGUCCAACGCCUCGCACUCGGCCAGCCGGUCCAGCAGCCUCCGGUCCACCCCCCACGAGGAGCUCGAGCGCCUGGCCGGUCUGUCUCCGCCCUCGGGGCCGGUGGGCGGGGCCUUCUUUGCGCCCAUCUCGGCGGAGGGGGCGGGGCCGGUGCCCGGAGGGGGGCGUGGCCUGGGCCCGGGGGGCGUGGCCUCGUGCGGGGAGGGGCCGGAGGUGGACAUCCUGGAGAUGCUGACCAAGGCCAAGGUGGACCUGCGCCCGCUCCUCCCCUCCCUCUCCGCCAACAAGGAGAGGCUCCGCCAGAGCACGCAUUCGGGGGUGGUGCUGUCGGUGGAGGAAGUGGAGGCCGGGCUCAAAGGCCUGAACGUGGUGGAGCCCCACCACGACCACCACCACGACCACCACGGCCACGACCACCACCACGGGGGCCCCCCGGGCCCACGGCGUGUCACGGACCACGGACACGGCCACGGCGGAGGGGGGGACAUGUCGGCCUUCAACCGACUGGUCAGCUCCAUGAAGGCCAGCGGGACCCUGCCCGCCCAGCAGCAGCACCCCCCCAAGGGAAACAUAAACCUUGACGGUCAGUUGAUGUCCUCUCCAGAAACAGCCAAGAACAUCCUGCAGGAGAUCCUGGGGGGGCCUGGAAACCGCCCGCCCCCUCCCGGCCCCGCCCCCCCCUCCUCGGCGGUCCUGAGCGCCUUGAUGGGGGGCCUCGAAGCCGCCGCCGCCCCCUCCCCGCCCCCCCGGGGCCCCCCCUCCUCCUCCUCCUCCGAAGACUUCCUGCGGCACCGCCUUCCGUCCCCAGUCGGCUUCGGUCCGGGCUCCCCGGCGGCCCCGCUGUUGGGCGACGCCUUCCUCGGGAUGCGGAAGAGCCUCAGUCCGACGGCGACGCAGCUGGACCUCCCUCCGGGCGCCGUGGUGGAGGGGCUCCCCUUCCUGCCGGACCUGGCGGCGGCCAUGACGCUCUCGGGCCUCUACCAGCCGGGCCUGGCGCUCGCCCCGCCGGAGAAGCCCUUCCGGAACAGGCAGCCGGGUCGGGCCAAGCCCCCCGCCUCCAUGGGCCGCCUGCCAAGCCCCGCCUCCCCGCCGGCGUCCGUCACCAGCAUGCUCUCCCCGUCCUUCACGCCCACCUCCGUGAUCCGCAAGAUGUACAAGAGCAAAGACAAGGGCGGCAAGGACGGCGACGGAGGGAAGCUCGCGGGAGAACGGAACGACGUGUCCGUGGAGAUGGAGGCCCCGCCCCCGGGCUCCAAGCCCCCCCGCGGCCCCGCCCCCCCCGCGGCCUCGUCCUCGCAGCGCGGGUGCCCGAAGGAGGCGAACGGCGGUCCCGGCAAGAGGAAGGCCGCUCCUCCUCCUCCUCCUCCUCCUCCGCCGCCUCCGCCUCCGCCGGUGUCCGUGUCCCCGGUGCCGCCCCACUUCCUGUGCCCGGUCCCGGCCCCGCCCCCCCCGCUGCCGCCCGGCCUGGUCCAGAGGAUGCUCGCCCAGGGGCUCCCCCCGCACCACCUGCUCCCCCUCCUCCAGGCCGGUCAGUGCAGGGACGGGGCGGGGCGGGUGUCCGCGAGGGGCCACUCUCGGCUCCCGCUCCCCCCCAACACGGCCGCCGCCGCCGCCUCCUCUUGUUCCCGCGCAGGGCUGCUGCCUCCCGGGGUGGACCUGGCCCUUCUCGGGCAGCCCUGCUACCCGCUCCUCGGACCGCACCCCCCGGGGCCACUCCACCUGGCCCUCAUGCAGCACCAGCUCCAGCGCUCAGGCUCCGUCGGCCCCUCGGCCCUGCGCCCGGCCCCUCCGCCCCUCCCUCGGGGCCCCCCGGGGGGCGUGGCCUCCUCCUCCUCCUCCUCCUCCUCCUCGUCGGCGCUCUCGCGGUGGUUCGGGUCGGAGGUCCUGCAGCAGCCGCUCCCCUCGAUGCCGUCCUCCAAGGUCAUCAGCGUGGACGAGCUCGAGUUCCGGCCUUGACCCCCGACCCCACCAUGACCCAAGGAUGACCCCCAGGAAACAAGAUGGCUUCCGAUGGACCCCGGCUCCGCCCCCCCGGCUCCUUCUCUUCUUACUUUCGGGAAACAGAUGAUUUUGGGGGCAGAGUCCCCGCCCCGACCCUUUGUUUUUAGGAGGAAAAAUCGUUUCCCGUCACGGAAACAAAGGAUUUAAUUUGCGUCGACGGGCAGAUUUGUUUGCUUUCUCCUCGCUGGGAUUUCCCAUAAUUUUUUUUUUUCAAUUUUCCCACAUUUUUUUCCGCAUCCUUUUCGUCUCGUUUUUUAUUUUUCUCGGGAUUUUUUGUCCUCAUUAUUUUCCGCCAUUUCAUGGCCUCAUUUUCUUUGACUAAAAAUCCCAAUUUUUCUUUUCCUUUCCCCCCUCAUUUUCUUCUCUUAUUUCCUCAAUUUUUUCUCAAUUUUCCACUUAUUUCAUUUAUUUUUUUUACUUUUUAAAACUUAACAUUUUCACCCCGUUUUCUUCCACUUUCUUUAUUUUCCCCCCAAUUUAACCCAUUUUCUUCCUUUUUACCCUUCUUUUCAUCUCUCCUUCUAAAAUUUCUUCAACUUUUUCAUUCUUUUUUUCUCAAUUUUUUAAUCUCACUUUUCUCUCCUUUUCCCUUGUUUUGAUCCCCGUUUUCUUCGUUUUUCUCUCAAUAUUUAUUUUCCCUUCAUUUUCUCCCAUUUUUAUCAACAUCUUUUUCUCAUUUCUAAUUUUUUUCUAAUUUUUUCUGUUUUUCUUUUUUCUCCUUUUCGUUUUUUUAUAAUUUCCUUUUCUCAAUUUUCAUGCCUUUAUUUCCCUUUUUCUCCCCGUUUCCUCUCAUUUUUCCCGUUUUUUUUUCUCCUUUUCCCUUCCAUUUUCCUCUCUUUUCCCCUUGUUUUUUCCCAAUUUUUUUCUCCUUUUUCCACUCAAUUUUUUCGCCUUUUUUUCUUCUUUUUUCUCAGUUUUUCAUACUGUUUUUUUCUCUCAUUUUUUCCACCGUUUUUUUUUCCUUUGAGAAAUGAAUAAAUGACUCAAGUCCUGAAGGAAGAGCAGCCAUCACAAUAGGAGGAUGGGGGAGGAAAAAAUAAUUUUAUUUUCCUCGUUUCGCCGGAAAUAAUAUGUACAGCAGAGCCUUUGUGUAAAUACAGAACAAUGUAUAAAACAAACAAAAAAAAGGGUUUUUUUUAGAUUUUUUUUUUUUGGUUUUGGUUGGGAUUUAUUAUUGUUGUUUGUUUAUUAUUAUUUGUAUAUAUCUAUUUCUCGGUUGUUUACCUCUCGCCUUUUUUCUUUCUCCAUUUACGAAAGCUGUACAUAAAAAUAGAUAGCAAAGCA